AUGGCGUCUCAGAGCCGCCAUGAGCGGCAAUUGAUGCGGCAGAGAGGGGCAGGGCGCAAUGUUGGACCUACCGAUUUCGGGCUUGACUUCGGAUUUGGGGCUUUUCAGACCCCUGCCCGUUCGUCUAGAUCGAAAUCAAAGACGCCAGCAACGCAACUCUCAAAUGGACGAAGGACUUCAAGGACCUCGGUACGACGAAGCCGAGAACCCUCCCAACCCCGUUCACGGCGAAGCGCAUCGUUCGGUGCUUCUGCAUCAAACGCCAUUGCAUCUCAGGCCGGAGAAACGCAACGCGACAUCGACAAUCUCCACUCAGCCAAGAGAAGAAGAACCGCUGGUUACAAUCCAUCAUUAGAGGCGGUGGAGGAGCCGCACGAACAAGACGCAAUAUUGGAUGGGCCCGAAGCAACAAGUGUGGCGCGACAGUCGGAGGACUCCAUCUUUAACGUCGCCGCUCACAACAAGAACGAUGCGCAGGAUACGCAAGUCUACGAAGCUCAGGACGACGAGAAGGAGAACUACAUGCCAACAGAUGCGAAGAAAUCCACUCACCGUCGCAAGCGAAAGUCUAUUGGGCAGCAGAGCAUGAGAAAGAAGAAACGACCUUCCAGCGACGCAGCGAAGACUAUACGGCAGAAUUCGCCGGUUGUGAGUGCAAGAACCGACGGCGAGUCAUCGUUGGUAGAUGAGGAGAAUGCGGCCGAGGAUGCCGAUCAGGAGGAGGUCGAAGAAAUCGAUGUCCACUCGGAGCAAGAGCCAGUGGAGCAGUCUCUGCUAACGUCCGAGAAUGCGAUGUCUACGGGUCCUAGCAAGAAGCGUAGGAAGCGCAAGUCUAUCGGGCAGCAGAAGAAGAGGAAGAAUAGAAAGUCCUCCGAACACGGAGCUAGUCGGGAGACUCCUCAUGAAGACGAUGAUCCUCUGACAGACGGGUUGGACGAUACUACGGAACCCGAGGCAGGAUCGAGGGAAAACCUCGUUUUUGCGGAUAAGAAACGCUCGACUUCGGCCGCAUCCUCGAGUUAUUCUUCGCCUGUUGCGUCUGUGGAAAAGGACGACCUUGAUGCAGACGAGGAUUACGAGCAUGGUGACUCUCCAGAGCCUCCAACUCCCGCACCGCCGAGGAGACCCGCGAAGAGCAGUAGAGCCCAGAACAAGGCCAUUUCCAGGUCGACCGAGCCUAAGAGACAAAGUCCGCGUCGAUCGAAGACGAGCUUUCCAAUUGUGACGCAUCGAAUGACAAACCUUGACAUGCUUCCUAGGAUUGAUGAACUAGGCGAAAGCGAACAGGACUGGGAAGAGCGAGCACAGAACACAGUCCAACAAACCACCAACAACCGAGCAAAUCCAAACGGAGUGGAUGUUCUUGCGCAAUAUUGCCGUGAGACUAUUCAGUCGACGAUUGACCGGCUGAAUGCGGGCACUGCAAGCAGCCGAAUGGAACGCAAACGCAAGCAGACGGCUCUUGAGGCCGUGGGACAGGAAUUAAAUGAUCGGCUGACCGAAAUGUCAGCAGCUGUAGAGAACCGAGUCGAGCUCGAGAGCCGGGUGCGCAAGACAAAACGAAGCAAAGCCGAGCUCCAAGCCAGGUGGAUCGAGGUGCGCAGGCAACGAGAGGAAAUUGCACUCAAGUGCGAUCAGAUCCGCCAGCAGAACUGGGAACGCGAGAAAGAAAGGGAAGAGAAGUGGGCAGUCAGUGAAGCUGCGCACAGGCUCGAGCUAGAGAUCGAGAGGGGUGAGCUGGAAGAGGAAGAGUCCCUCCAGUAUCUCUUGAGGAGUGUGGCAGCUGAUGUCAGCGAUCAGUCCGGCAAAUGGGGACUGUUGGACCGCAUCAAGAGAUUCAAUGGCCGUCUGGAGCGCAUGGCUGGCGUACUAGAGGGUCGAGAUGUGUAG